AUGGCAUCAUCAUUCAGAGAUAGAACAAACGAGUUUCACUCCAUGUGUGAGCGUAUUCGCACGAGAACACACACACCGACAUCCAUCCUGGAACGCAGAGCUCUUUUAUCACCAGAACCUUCCAAUGCAAGCAUAACAAAAAAGAACAGCAAAAAAGCGCCUCACGCUCGCUCCGAGUUCUCCGUGAUGGCAGCUGAAAUCAGUCGACAAAUUACGAAUACGGCAAGCAAACUAGAAAAGCUGACGAAACUUGCCAAGAGAAAGACACUGUUUGAUGACAGGCCUGUGGAAAUCAGUGAACUGACGUUUAUCAUCAAGCAAGAUAUCGCUAAAUUAAACAAGCAAAUUGCUAUGCUACAAGACUACACAAAGCAUCAAAAACAAGCGUCGAAACAAGCAACAGAGCACACAUCCAAUGUCGUAGUGGCUUUGCAGAGCAAGUUGGCAGAUACCUCCAUGAGUUUUAAGGAUGUUUUGGAGAUUAGAACAGAGAACAUGAAAAUGUCAAAAGACAAGAGAGAUCAGUUUUUGUUCUCGGCAGCAGAGCAAGGAGCAGAUCCAGCACUAGCCAAUUCACCUCUCAUGAAAUCCCGACGCCGUGGACUGGAAACAACACCUAUAUCAUCGCAACAAGCACAGCCAACAAACAGCGUGGCUCUCUUGGAGGAAACCAAGGAGCCUGAGCAGCAAGAAUCGACAUUAUCGCUAGGUAUACCCAUGAUCACGCAACAGCAGCAGCAGGAGAUGAUGGUGAUGGAGCAAGAUAGAUACAUUGAUCAUAGAUCAUCUGCUAUUGAAAGCAUUGAAAGCACGAUUGCAGAGCUAGGAAGCAUUUUCCAGCAAUUGGCCACCAUGGUAGCUGAGCAGAGAGAGACAGUGCAAAGAAUCGACCAAAACACAGAUGAUAUCGAGAUGAAUGUCAUGGGAGCGCAACGGGAACUGCUCAAGUACUACACGAGCAUCAGCUCCAACCGAUGGCUCAUCAUCAAGAUCUUUGUCACCAUUGUCUUGUUUUUCCUGCUCUUCACCUUUAUCAUGUAA